AUGCCUCUCUCACUAUCCCCAAUCGCUACUUCGCCACUUCUCAAAUCUCUCCAUCAUCAUCCCAAUUUACCGAUACACACUUUCUACUUUGUAGCCGCUGUAGCUUUUUCAGUUAUCAACCGUCCGCAGGAGAUUCCCAGAAUAUGGGAAUACGCUGUUGAAGAGGCUGCCAUUCCUGGGAGCGAAACAGAAGGGUAUGUGGAAAGGGAGCUAAUAGGCAACAUCAUCCAGAAUGGGGAGCGUGAGAGCGCCCUAACCAUCCAUCGAAAACUUCGCGAGGCGAUUUUAAAAAGUGCCGCCAUCGGGGGUUUACCCAAGGUCCUUCCCAACCCUUGAAUUCACCCCUCUCAAAAUAAAUACUAAAAUGACUAAAGGAUUAGGCAAUCAACUCCUUGAAUAUACUGAAGGCUGUUACCGCUCUACAUAUUUUGUCUGCACCAACGACUACCAACCGCCGACUAUUGUUCCAACCCACCUACCACACUAACGCCUUGACGAGAGGCUGUCAAUUCUUUGAUACAGUGUACGGGAAAGUGUCGAAACGGGUCAUGGGUGGAAUGCGAAAUUCCUAUGACGACCUUGCUGUAGUUACUGAACUAUUGUACGGCCAUGUACUUAGUAAUUCCGAGGUGAUUGGAGCACGAGAUACCAGUUUGACCUUAAUUGCUGGAUUGAUCCCGCAAAAUGUUCGCAAGAAACUUGGUUUGCAGAAGUAACAGUACCUGGGGAAAACAGAAUGCUAACCGUUGUCCACAGGUCAACCCGCAGCUGAAAGGGCACUUGCGCGGAGCACUAAACAAUGGGGCCACUGCGGAGGAGGUGAUGGCAGUGCGUGAGGUUGUGUUGAGAAUUUGCCGAGAAGCUAGAUGCGGACCCCGGGAAUCCGAGGUCGAAACGCUUUAAGUAAUUAAAACUACGCUGCACCAGGAGAAAUUUCAAUGGAAUUUAGCACCUCACUCCCCGCUAUAUAAUAGA